AAACGAGAAAAAGAAAAGCAAACACUUGAGCGAGACGGCCUGCAUCAGAUCAGAUCCACUUUUUGCGUUUAUUACGACACCAUUUGCUCCGUCUUCAGUUAAUAUUUGGUUUAUAUGACAUAGUAAGCAUCAUUCGUUAUUAAUGUUCGGAUCAACUCGUCUCGGUGAACGUUGAAGCCUCCCGAAGUAGCUUAGCUCGCUAGCUGCCAAGCGAGCGACGAGCGUGAGAGUGCGAAGCGUUGCGAUUCUCGCGUGAAAAUGUGUAAAGUGGAAAUGCUGAGAGCGCUGCUGAAUCAGCGGCUGAGUGCGGCCGUCGAAGAAAUAUUUGCGGUUUUUGCGAGAACCAUCACGGAGUACGAGGAGGAACUUUGUCGGACCAAAGAGGAGAACGAGCGACAACGUCAACUGCUGGACGCUGUUUUCAAAAAGCCUCGACACGUACCAGACGUCUGCGAAGAAGAGCUUCGCCCCGAGCGGCAGGAGUCGAGCUCCGGGCCGGAGCGGGAGGGGCCGCGGCCCCCCUGCAUUAAAGUGGAAGAGGAGGGAGGCCACCUUCAAGGGCCGGACUUCUCGGUCUAUCGCGUCAUUGUAAAAAGUGAGGACGACGAGGACAAAGGUCAGCGAGAGGCGGAGCCGGCGAGCGGCAGCUCGGGUCGUCGCGCGGCGACACGAGGCGGACGAUCGAAAGCGAACAGCCGCUUGGCUCCGCUUUCGGAUAGCGGCGACACGAUGUCCGACACCGACGACGAGCGCUCGAAAGGGGACGCGGCGGGUCACGCCGACGACAAACACGUCAAAUGCGCUCAGUGUGACAAAACGUUCGGAAACAAGAGGAAUCUGAAACGACACAUGAGAUGUCACACGGGAGAGAAACCUUUCCUGUGCUCGGAUUGCGGCAAAAGAUUCUCCCGCAAGGAUUAUUUAAUCACGCACACGAGAAAACACACGGGGGAAAAACCUUUCUCCUGCUCGGUCUGCAACUCGAGUUUUACUUUUCAGUCCGCCUUGUUUCAACACAUGGAAACUCACUUCGGGGAGAAGCCGCAAUGUCCCCAAUGCGACAAAACCUUCGGCAACAAGAGAAAUCUGAUAAGGCACAUGAGGCGCCACACGGGGGAAAAGCCCUGCGUCUGCUCCUUCUGCGGCGAAAGAUUCUCCCUGAAGAGAAGUUUGAUAAGACACAUCAGAACGCACAUCGGAGAAAAAACCUUCUCCUGCUCCGUCUGCAACACGACUUUCUGCUAUCAGUCGGGUUUGAGUAAGCACAUGAAGAAACACGCCGGCGACGACGCGCAACUCAAGCGCGUGUGAUUUGCGCCCGGCGCCGUCUUUCAAGUCCUUCGUAGCCGCGCACUAGUACGCUCUUUUCCUCACGCUAGUAAAACGACUCAGUGUCUCGCUAGUCAUGUUUUGCCCCGCCAGCCGGUGACUUUUUUCGCACACGAGUCGGAGACGUUCUGGCAAACCCGUCGCACAACUACGUCUCCCUAACCGCGCGCCGGUUGACGACUCGUCAAGCGUCAAACUCCGGGUGAACUGGUGAAAUUUGAUCAUGUCGCUCGUACGACAACUCGUGCACAGUUUGGCCUCAUGGAGUUGCCCUACUCGUGUCAAUAAAUGCCAUCCAGAAGUGGAGCAAUGUAGUGUUACCACUAAGGUGCGUUCUACUAGUGCGCUGACUAAGAGCGUACUAGUAGAUAUCGAUAAAUGUUGACUUGGCUUCCAUAUACGGGAGAGUGUGCGCACAUGUACGCAAACACCGACGCGUGUGAAUAUAUCAGCCAGAGGAUGGCGUAUUUAUAUCGGACGUGGGGUUCUGUCGCGAUGCGCUAAACCCGGCCGAGCUUUCUUUUCUCGAUACGUGCUCGAUGUGUGUACCUUCGCGCGCUCGCUCGUCACGAUAGCAGGGUUUUCAUCCGCUCGUUUACAGUGGCACAAUAAUGGUGCAAACAUGCGCUCGGAAGUGACCUCUUGUGGGCAAUCGGCGGAUAACGCAACACGUUUCCGGGAAGACAAGUGAAACAUGGAAAAAGCUGCAACCCCAAAUUGGACUUCAGAAGAAUGACGCUCGUUACCGGCCAGUGCCACCAUGCGCUGCGCUGGGGGGGGGGGCUCUUCAGGUCUCGGGACUUCGAGUAUUUCUUUUUCUUCUUGAUUGUUCAACAUCUUGCUGUCUUCUGAAGCAGAAUGAACUACGCCGGGAGCGACACGAGGAACGGCAUUAACGGCGAUGGCAACAGAUGCGGACGGGCGCACUUUUCCCAUCCGUGGCCUUACCGAAGUAAACGUCGUCGUCGUCGUUGUCGUUUGGGUCAAAUAAGAAUCAUCUGCGGUAAAUGUGUUGCGUCUUGUGUCACUUUGAAAAACACCCCAUUCUGGUUUGACAAAAUGUUCUGUCUCAUCUGAAAAAACAACAACACACAAGUAAGCGCUGUUUACUUAUAAGGCUACGAGAACACUUGUUGUUCUCGGUAAGAGCGCAAUGUAAGUUCAUCAGAGAUGGAAAUGUUCUCGUCACUAUUUUGUGUGCAGAUCAAAAUGCUUAUUGUAUAGAAUUAACUGUACCAACAAAAAACAACAAGUUAAAUUGUGUGCUUGUACAUGUAGAACACAUUUUAUAACUAUUAUAGAUGGAUAUGAAUAGAAUAAUCAUAUUUUUCUUCACCGACAAAAAGAAAAGUGAACAUCUCAUCAUCUUGAUGCCAAUUAAACGUGACCAUGUGUACCGCUACAUCCAUUAUUGAGUUCAGAUUUGCCAGUUUUGGAGAAAUAAAAGGCAAAAGUGGAGAGCGAGAGAAGUUGGAAUGUUGGGAGAAUAAAGUCCUUUUAAAGUCUAAGCGAGACGCAUUUGGUUCUGGAUACAAAGUUGGAACCUUAUGAGAGUCAAAUGGAUCUUUUUCCAAGAUGAAGUGGAAUAAAUUCAUCUUUCAAAAAUACAGCUUUAUUUUCAUGACAGGACGCCUUUUAUUCUGGAAAACAUGUCUUUAAA